AUGAAUCGAAGUUUUAGGGCACAAGAGUCGUCGUCGUCUCUGUUGCUGGAUUCAGCCGAGAGGCAGCAGAGGCAACAGCUUAGGGCUUCUAUGAUGGCUGAGAAAGAUGAAGAGCUAUCUCUGUUUCUCGAAAUGAGACGGCGUGAGAAAGAGCAGGAUAAUAGUCUCCUUCUCAACAACAACCCUCAUGAGUUCGACACUCCUUUAGGUUCAAAGCCUGGAACUUCACCGGUGUUCAACCUCUCAAGCGGUGGUGGUCCGGCGAGGAAGACGGGUCCUCCAGAUGAUUUUCUCAAUUCUGAAGGGGAUAAAAAUGACUAUGAAUGGCUUCUGACCCCUCCAGGAACUCCUCUGUUCCCUUCGCUGGAGAUGGAAUCACAUAGGACUAUGAUGAGUCGGAGUGGUGAUUCAAAGGGCCGCCCAGCUUCAUUGACUUCUAGGCUGGCGAAUUCCUCAUCAGAGCCUGCUGCAAGGAACCAUCUAACAUCUAGACAACCAACCUCUUCCCCUGGAUUAAGCUCAUCCAGCGGAGCAACUCGGAGACCUUCAUCAUCUGGAGGACCUGGAUCAAGACCCGCCACUCCCACCGGAAGAUCAUCAUCAACACAGACAACUAAUUCAAAACCCUCAAGGCCUUCAACACCCACCUCUACUAGAACCACCGUCUCCUCAACCACACGACCUUCUUUGACUCAUUCCAGGUCCACUGUAUCUGCAACGACUAAACCCACAUCUCUGAGUAGGUCAGCAAGUUCAUCUCGCCUCACACCUACUGCAUCUAAACCAACUACUAGAUCUGCUGGUUCAACAGCUAGAUCUACUACCACUAGCACCGGCACAAAAUCUGCAGGACCUUCAAGGUCCACCACGCCUCUGUCAAGAUCCACAGCUAGAUCUUCAACACCAACGUCAAGACCCACACUUCCUCCUCCUAAAACCAUAUCGAGGUCAGCUACACCAACUCGCCGCCCCAUCAGUUCUGCUACCACUACAGCAAAGCCGACAAUAUCCCAAGUCAAGCCUUCUUCUCCAGCGGCGAAGCCUAUGCCAACACCAUCCAAAACCCCUGCUGUAUCACGUCCAGCUUCUCCCACAGUGAGGUCAAGGCCAUGGAAGCCAUCAGACAUGCCUGGUUUCUCACUAGAGACUCCUCCGAAUCUAAGAACAACGUUACCAGAAAGGCCACUUUCAGCGACAAGAGGCAGACCCGGAGCUCCAAGCCCACGAUCUGCUUCAGUUGAGCCAAGUGGUCCACCCGGAGGAGGAAGACCGAGAAGGCAGUCAUGCUCACCAUCAAGAGGAAGAACACCGAUGCACGCCAGUGGUAGCUCUGUUCCUGCAGUUAACCGUGGAUAUUCCAGAGCCAAUGACAAUGUUAGUCCUGUGUUGAUGGGAACCAAAAUGGUGGAGAGAGUGGUCAACAUGCGGAAACUGGCUCCUCCCAGAUCAGAUGACAAGAGUUCUCCUCAAGGUAACUUAUCUGCAAAGUCCUCAUCACCAGACAGUGCAGGCUUUGGAAGAACACUCUCCAAGAAGUCCCUUGAUAUGGCUAUAAGGCAUAUGGACAUACGUAGAACCAUACCAGGGAAUCUGAGACCACUAAUGACAAACAUUCCAGCAUCAUCAAUGUACAGUGUGAGAUCUGGACAUACUCGUGGCAGACCAAUGAAUGUUUCAGACUCUCCACUAGCUACAAGCAGCAACGCGAGCUCGGAGAUCAGUGUCUACAACAACAACGGCGUUUGCUUAGAGGCUAGCGAGAAGGAAGAUGAUGCAGGCAGCGAGAGAGGUUGCAGGUCUCCUUCAAGCUUACAAGGGAGAUGAAAAAUUUGUAAAACCGUUGUUGACCAUCGAAGAUCGUCUUUGUCUUUUAUUAUUAUUAUUGUGAGUUUCUUUCACACGAGUUUGGUUAUGAUAUGUGAAGUAGCGUUUUGACAUUUUAUGUAAACCUCUCCACUUCCACUCGUCUUUUACUUUAUAACAUUAACCAAGUGAUUUGUUA